GCAAAUGUAGGAGUAUAAGAAUUCUUUUCAAGAGAAUGGCGGCAGUUAUCGAAUGGGUUUAAAGUUUAGAACAGAAAAAACCUGAAUUUGUCGCUCUCAUUUUUAGAAUUUACGUUGUACGACGAUCGAAUUAUCUGUGUAUUUGUUUUGGCUGUGUGGUUCGUCAUUAACUUACGAUAUUGAAGGUACUUGGGAUUCUAAUCUGUACACAAAUUGAUUACUUGAUUACAGAAACAUGGCUUUUGAUGUUCGCUGAUCAUAUUCUCCCUCCAUGAAUUUGGCUUCUUUUCCCCGAUUUUUUGGAGUACAGAUUUCGAAAUACCACUCGUAAUCUUUCCUUUUUCUUUCAUUUGUGUUUGUAAAUUCAACAAUCUAACAGUAUUUACUAUUUAGCGCUGUCCACUUGCCCUAAAAGACCCGACGAUCAGAUUGUGGGUAAUGAGAGAACAUUCUGAAAUCGGGAAAGUCGAAACAGGCAUGUGGUUCUCUUUCUCUGUCAACAAUGUGAUUAGAAAACAAGAUCGCCAUAAAAUUAUGAAAUAUCAUUGGCUUAAAUUAAUCCGUAGAAUUCUUUCAGUUUUUGCGGAGUUCUAGUCACAGAUGAUGGAUCCAGAGGACCUACGAUCGGAGCUGCUCUCCUUGAGACGAUUGUAUGGCCUUCUUGUAAACGACCAACAACGUGUCUCUGAAAAUUUGGACAAGAAUGCAAGACAACUACUACUAAAUUUACUGAAUGCUAGUGCAAAAAAAGCUUUCGAGGCUCAUGCAAAGAUGGUAGGUACUCAAUACAGACCAUCUUAUUAUAACCUGUGGUCAACUACCCAAUUUCCAAGUCUGCAGAAUCUUGACUUAAGAACCAGUCAAGGGAUCUUCAAUGAGCCAAUAAGUCAAGAAUUUUCUUCAGGUGAACCAGAUGUCAAACCGAAACGAUGCCGUGUAUGCCAAAGACCAAAAGUCAAACAGUUGACCAAAGAGUUAAGUCAAGUUCAAGAUAACCAACGUCAAAAUCAUAAAAGAAGUUGGGAAGAUCAAAAUAACCCAACCACCUAUGAAGUUGAAGUUGGAGUUGGAGGAUUCCCAUGUUCAUCAACAGUUGACUUUCCGAAAUCACUGACUUUAUAUAAUCAAAAUGAUGAAGAUGAUCAAAUAUCAAGACAAGCUUCUGCUAAAAUCCAACAAAUAGAAUCUUGCAUUUUGAGUUUGCAACCAGCAUCCAAUCGUGUCAAUCUUCUUGAAAAUGAUUCCCGGGGUCAAUUUAGUCAGAUUGGAAACUAUUCUGUUGGUAGAAGUGAUCCAUGGCAUGGGGAGUUGACCUUGCAACCUCAACCAAGAGUGGUCAAUAUGGUGUUGCCCAUUAGUCAAACAUCUGAAAAUGUUAGUCCAAGUGAAAUGUUCAAUCAAGAAAACCACCAUGAUUAUUUACCAGAGAAAACUUAUAAUAAUCUUUAUCAUGCUUCUGGAGUCUCUUCAAGUUUGACUAAAAUUCCCGACAAGAAUCUUGCUUUACAGAUGGUUAAAAAGGAAACAAUUAACCAAUGGUUGACCCCACCUGUUAAGUCAACCCACCAUGGCAGACAUAAUAGUCAACAUCAAGAAACUGAAAUCACAAGGCGAAAGAAACCGGAUCAUUACAGAGGGAAACACGCGGUGGUUGACCGGAAAAGAUCAGUUUCUCCGGUGACUUCAGAUAGUCCAGUUUCAAGCUCAAAUUAUUCAUCAAGUUCGAGAAGUCAAAGUGAAAGUCAACAAGAUUAUGCUACUUGUAGUGACAUGGAAGGAUCUUACAAAGGCCAUGAAGAGAGUGAAAGCGAGAGUGAGAGUGAGAGUGAGAUGUAUUCGGUUUCAAGCCCUGAUCAGAGUCCUUCCAUGAGUAGCUCAGAUGAAGAUGAAUCUUCAGGGUCGAAGUCAACGCCAAGGUCAAAGUCAAAGAGGAAGGUUCCAACAAAGGGUUACAAAAGGGGUAAUAAGAAAGAUUCAAAGAUUAGCUCAGAUGAAUCUUCGGGGUCAAAAUCAACUUCAAGAUCAAAGUCAACGCCAAAGAGGAUGGUUCCAACAAAGGGGUACAAAAGGGGUAAGCAGAAAGAACCAAAGAUUAGCACAGAUGAAUCAUCAGGGUCAAAGUCAACUUCAAGGUCAAAGUCAAAAUCAAAGAGUAUGGUUCCAACAAAGUGGGGCAAAAGGGGUAAUCAAAAAGAAAAUGAACCAAAGAUUAGCUCAGAUGAAUCUUCAGGGUCAAAGUCAACUUCAAGGUCAAAGUCAAAAUCAAAGAGUAUGGUUCUCACAAAGUGGUACAAAAGGGGUAAUCAGAAAGAAAAAGAACCGAAGAUCAGCUCAGAUGAAUCUUCAGGGUCAAAGUCAACUUCAAUGUCCAAGUCAAAAUCAAAGAGUAUGGUUCCAAUAAAGUGGUACAAAAGGGGUAAACAGAAAGAAAAAGAACCAACGAUUAGCUCAGAUGCAUCUUCAGGUUCAAAGUCAACUACAAGGUCAAAGUCAAAAUCAAAAUCAAAGUCAAAGAGCAUGGUUCCAACAAAGUGGUACAAAAAGGGUAAUCAGAAAGAGAAAGAACCGAAGAUUAGCUCGGAUGAAUCUUCAGGGUCAAAGUCAACUUCAAGGUCAAAGUUAAAGAUGGUGGUUGCAGCAAAGGGUAACAAAAGGGGCAAUCAUGAAGAACCAAAGAUAGGAAAAGUUGGGAGGUUGAAGCAACUUAAAGAAAAGUUGGGAUUCAUCUUCCACCAUCACCACCACCACCACCAUCACCACCAUCACCAUGAUGUUGAAGAUGAUCAUAAAAAAUCUCCAUCGGAUCAUAAUACAGGAAAAGAUCAUGGUGAUGUAGACAGUCACAAAAAAUCCUCACAAAAGCAUGCAGAAAAAGGCGUUGACCAUAAGAAAAAGGAUGAGGCUCAUGGAGAAAAGGUGGUUGACCAUGACCAUGGGAAGAAGAAGGAAGAGGUUCAUGGAGGAAAGGUGGUUGACCAUGACCACGGGAAGAAGAAAGAGGAGGUUCAUGGAGUUGACCAUGACCAUGGGAAGAAGAAAGAGGAGGUUCAUGGAGGAAAGGUGGUUGACCAUGACCAUGGGAAGAAGAAGGAGGAGGUUCAUGGAGGAAAGGUGGUUGACCAUGAACAUGACCAUGGGAAGAAGAAAGAGGAGGUUCAUGGAGAAAAGGUGGUUGACAAGAAUCACAAACAGUUGGUGGUUCAUAAAGCAGCAGAAAAAAACCAGAAAGGUCAGUUGAAGGCACUUGUGGGUGGUUUCUUGAAACACACUACUCAUGAUUCUAAGAAACCCAAGAAGGGUAAAAGUGAGAAAAAGAUAGUUCCAAAGGGUGUAAGUGGGAAAAGUAGUAGUGGUGGUGGUGGGAAGAUGGGAAAGAAAAUGAGUUGGAUGAAAAUGUUGCAACAACAGAGAAAAAUAAAGAGGAUUGAGAAACUACGAAGCAAAAUCAAAAUCAGCCGUCGUGGUAGUAAGAAGUAAAUGUUGAAAAAAAAAACCCACAAAAAAGUGUACCAUUUAAGUGUAUAGGUACUAAUUAAGGUUUCAUUUAAUGUAGUUCAGAGUUCACGUUGUUGUACAUUUAAGAAUUUUUAGUUACAUGUUCAAACAAAAAUAAAA